CUUCUAUAUAAGAAAGUCUCCUACUUAGUUCUCUCACAGUUCCCCUCUCAGGUCGAAGUCUUUUUUGAGACAAACUGGGGGAAAAUGGACUGCAUAUUACUUUUCUCCAUCUCGGCUGUGCUGCUAAAUCUCUCUCGAGCUUUUCCUGCUACGGUUGCUCAGGGUGAGUUUCUAUUCAACCCUCAUGUGUUCUUCAAAUCCGAUAUCCAGUCUGAUGAUGUGGAUGUAUUCUCAAGAAUUCUGCAGGCAAACAAAGAGAUCAGUGGCAUGCUUCUUGAGGGAGAUAUGGUCUUACCCACAACAAAGAAUGCCAUGAAAUGUUUAAAUGACUACUGCAGAUGGCCAAAGUCCUCAUCUGGAUGGGUUGAAGUGCCAUAUUCCAUUGCUAAUGACUUCUAUGAUUAUGAGAGGACAGUGAUUGAAAAUGCAAUGAAGAGCAUUGCUGCUAAAACCUGUGUCCAUUUUGUGCCACGAACUAAUCAAGUGGACUACAUCAGCAUUGAGAAUCUAGUAGGGUUUAUGAUAGAUGAUUAUGAGAGGACAGUGAUUGAAAAUGCAAUGAAGAGCAUUGCUGCUAAAACCUGUGUCCAUUUUGUGCCACGAACUAAUCAAGUGGACUACAUCAGCAUUGAGAAUCUAGUAGGCUGCUCGUCUACUGUAGGGAGAGCUGGAGGUAAACAGCAGUUGUCUCUGUCUGUGGGCGGCUGUGUUUUUCACGGGAUCAUUGAGCAUGAGCUCCUCCAUUCUCUGGGGUUCCACCACGAACACACCAGGAGCGACAGAGACCAGUACAUCUGGAUCAACUGGCAGAAUAUUCCACAAGCAUCUGCACACAACUUUCAAAUAAAGGACACAAAUAAUCUCAAUACCCCUUAUGACUACAACUCCAUCAUGCAUUAUGGAAGGACAGCCUUCACCAUUACAUAUGGCAUGGAAACCAUCGUUCCAAUUCCUAACCCUUUAGUACAGAUUGGACAGAGGCAGGAAUUGUCUGACAUUGACAUUCAGAGAAUCAACAAGCUCUAUGAAUGUGCUCUUUAAAGUGAACGCUGAAGAUCAAACCCCAGUGAAAUACAGACUGUGACAAAAUAAAAGGAUUAUGGUACUGUGUAACAAGUUAAUCUUUUCCUUCCUCCUUUGUCUGUAACUUGACCACAUAAAUGUAAUGAACUAACCGCAGUGCUGAAUUGCAAUAAACCUUGUUACGGGUCA